AUGAAAUAUUUAAUCUCAUUCACAUAAAUUUUCAUAUUUAAUAUAUUAGGAGCUCUCAUUGCUAAAUACUAAUGUGAUUGCUCAUUAUUUGAAGAAGAAUCAAUUUGUUUAGGAAUUGACACUUGCAAUUGGAUUAACGAACUCUGUGUUAAUAAGGAAUGUUCUGAGAUGGAUGAAAACCAAUGUGAUUUAUUAGGAAAAUGCAGUCUUAAUCCCGAAGGCAGUUGUGAACCCACAGGAUUUUGUACCAAUUAUCAAGUCAAAGACCAAAUUGAUUGCAUGAUCAAGAAAGGAAAUUGUGGAGCUGACAAUCAAACGAAUGCUGCUGGAUUUUAUCAAUGUAAAUCUUAUAAUUCCGUUGAUUGCAAUUCAUUAGCAGCAGAAAAUUGUACCAAUAAUUAUGAAGAUGGAUAAACAUUUUGCUGGCUAAAUUCAACCAAAUAAUGUCAAAGCUAUAACAUAAACUCUUGCGAAGGAUUACCGUUAGAUGUCUGUGAUAAAUUAGAAUGCAAGAACUCAAAUGGUCAAUGUUCAGCCUUUCUAUGUUCUGACAUUACAUCAUAAGACCAAUGCACAUAUGUACAAAACGGUAUUUGGGGGUCACUGACACUUUGUUAAUGGAAAGAAGAUUAAACUCCAAAAUGCAUUGAAAGAACUGAAACCAAAGACUUUACUAAUAUGACCUGCUCAAAGAUGACUGAUGGCAGAUACUAUUGGAAAAAUGAAUCUUGCAUCUCAUGCCCAAAAAAUUAUGAAGAUAAUUCCAGUUCCUCCCUGAGUUUAAUUCUCUAUUUAAUUUAUGUUUUGCAGUAUCUAUGA